UCACCUCCGAAGAGCAACAGAAAAGACUGAAGUCGAUCAUAAAGAAAAUUGACUUGGACUCAGAUGGCUUUCUCACCGAAAGUGAACUCAGUUCAUGGAUUCAGAUGUCUUUUAAACAUUACGCUCUGCAAGAAGCGAAACAGCAGUUCGUUGAAUACGAUAAAAACAGCGACGGUAGUGUGUCGUGGGACGAAUACAACAUUCAGAUGUACGAUCGUGUGAUUGACUUUGAUGAGAACACUGCUCUGGACGAUGCAGAAGAGGAGUCCUUUAGGCUGCUUCAUUUAAAGGACAAGAAGCGAUUUGAAAAAGCUAACCAGGAUUUAGAUCCUGGUUUGAAUCUUGAAGAAUUUAUUGCUUUUGAACAUCCUGAAGAAGUUGAUUAUAUGACGGAAUUUGUCACUGAAGAGGCUCUAGAAGAACAUGACAAAAAUAGUGAUGGAUUUGUUAGUUUGGAAGAAUUUCUUGGCGACUACAGGCGGGAUCCAGCAAAUGAAGAUCCAGAAUGGAUACUUGUUGAGAAAGACCGAUUCCUAAAUGAUUAUGACAAAAACGCCGAUGGCAGGCUUGAUCCUCAAGAGCUGUUAUCUUGGGUGGUACCCAAUAAUCAGGGGAUUGCCCAAGAAGAGGCUCUUCAUCUGAUCGAUGAAAUGGAUUUGAAUAGUGACAGAAAGCUCUCUGAAGAAGAGAUUCUGGAGAACCAGGACUUGUUUCUAACCAGUGAAGCCACAGAUUAUGGCCGACAGCUUCACGAUGAAUAUUUCUAUCAUGAUGAGCUUUAAUCCCUGGAUAUAUGUGAGCAGGGUACUGGCUCCUUUUAUAAUUUGUUACCAGCAUUACUUUCGUGAUAAAAUAUUGAUAAGAUUAUUUUCUACUCUGAAGUCUUACAGUCAAAUGUAUCUUAAUGUAGAUGAUAAUUUUGGCCUUUUAGGAGAAAAACAAAACCAAACCUUGAUAUUUAUUUCAAAAAUGAAUUGAAGAGAGAAACAAUAUUGUGCCAUAUGACAACAAAGUCUUUCCAAAAUACUCCUUCAGUUUAGUACUGUGUUGUGGAAUAUUUUGAGUUCUAUUUCCAUACGUGAAAAAAUGGAACAUUUUAGAGAUACCUGAACAAUAUUAAAGGAGUAUGUGACUGAGCUAUUAAUUUUUCUUUGUUUAAGUAGCAUUAAUUUGGGAACUGAUGGGAGGACAUUGUUUUUAGAUUUAGCAUUUUGUUUUAAAACCUUUAAAGGAACCUAUAGAAGGACUUAUACCUCACAUAUAAGUUGAGAAGUUCUAUGUAAUUUUAAAAUGGUUUCUAUAAAGGGUUUUAUUGUAUGAAAUAGAACUUUAUAUUUUUGAAUACGUAUAGAUAGUAAUUAUAUUUAAUGUGUAACUAUAGCUCUAUUGUGUGUGGAACUUGACAUUGUGUAGAACUCUUUUCUUUUUUGACUGAUUAAAAAUGAAAUGUCCUAUCUUUUUAAAUGUUUGUUUGUUUUUCUUUAAUCUUCCUGGUAAACCUUGAAUUUUAUGUAGGUUUUGUUGUAUUUCACAUUAUCCUGCCUCAUCCAUUCCUGUAUUUUGAUAGUGAGUGUUCCAAAACUCUGUUAAAUUAUUCUUGUAUUUUCCUUUUUUUUAAAAUAAUAAAAGAAUCAUAUUAUAAUUGAA